AUGGCUCUGGACUCUGCCGCCCGUCCGGGUGGAUUUGAUGAAACGCUCUUUGACAACCCGCUCAUGCGGGUACGCUUGGACACCGUUCUCGACAGCAUCCCGAUCGGCCAAGAUGUGGACGCUCGUAUUCCCACUGUUUCCGGUGUCCUAUGCAUUGACGAUAUUCCCUUUACUGUGACUCGCAACGAAAUCAAUCAACUCCUUCCACGAAGUGCGCGUGUUCCCAGCGAGUGCCCCAUUCAUAUCAUUAUGGAACGGACCACUUGCAAGACGAUCAAGUGCUAUGUUGAAUUCCGAACCCCCGAGGACGCCCGGUAUGUCUACCACCGAAUUCUCAAUACGUUCGAAACGAAAGAUGUUACCAGUGGGUACCCUGUUGGGCCUCGUAUCGGAAGUCGUGCAAUUGAUAUCUCGAUCAGUGACCAGGAUACUCUGCAGAAGAGCCUGUUCCCUUUGGCCAAAUACAUCCGCUGGACCCAAGGUAUCCCCGUCCUAACCGAAAUUCCCGAGAAUGAGCGUUGGUCUAUUGGCUUCAAAGACUUCCUCACUGAUGAAGAAAUGUUCUGCAUGCGCCGCGCUGCGGAGAAUCCGGGUCGGACUCUGUACGCAAACAAGGCUCGCCAGCGCACUUACGAGUGCAUGAUCAGCACCCUUUACAAGUUUCCCUGGUUCGCCACCGAGCUUUACACCCUUCAUGAGCGCAACAAGGUCUUCGAGACGCUGUGUGCCAUGACCAAGAAGCUGGCGGAUGUUCUUAAUGGCUCCGUCCCUAUUCUGGGACUUGACAUCCUGCUCCUCGGUGAGUUGGUCCGCGCUGGAUUGCACUGUCCCGCAUUCAGCCCUCGCAUGAAGUGGCACUUGGCGAUUGUCGCUAACGACCGCGUGGCUCAGGCGGCCAUGUCCGCCGGGUUCCACCGUGAUUUCCCUUUCGAGUCCCUCACUCUGCCGACUCGCGGUGAUCCCACCACUCUGUUCAACUAUGCGAAUCUCAUUGCCCGGGCCGACACCACCAACAUCCUGCCGGAGGGACUUGUCAACCUCCACGAGGGCCAGGAUGUCUCGAGCAUGUACGGCGCAAAGCUGUUCCGGUGGGACAAGAACAAGGCUAAGGAGAUGAAGUUCGGCGAGACAAUCCGCCGGGAGAGGGAACUCCUUCGUACUCUUGUUUGCCGGGGUUGGGCUGGUGUCCCCCCUACCCCUACCCCUGGGCGACCCGGCGUCCAGGAGCGCAAGUCCAUCUUCCACGACCCGGCUCGAAGCUACCUGAAUCGGGACUGGCGUCAACCCGAGGACCAUGCCGCGGCUCGCCGUCGUGUCUGCCCGCCUGGCGCCUGGCGCGCGCUUGGCGAUGGAGAUGCAACCAGCCACCGCCGUAACAACACGGCGUGGUGA